UUAUGAAUAAAAAAAGAGAAAUAGAACCUCAAAUCAGUAAAGAAGAGAAGGAGUUAGAUACAGUGGAAGAGUUUGAAAAAGAAUGUCCAUUUGCACGUCAGGACAGUUACAGACGGUUCGGAAAUAAUUGUGAUUGUAUAAAAAGACCAAUUGAGGAUACCUUAUCUAAACCAUUGGUCACUGGUACAACCAAAUCUCUUAAUCAAUCUAUUGAAGAAAAGCAACAAAAACAAGAGAGACAUGCAAUUUAUGAGUGUUGGGGUGUUGAUGGUAUUAUUCCACGUCCAUGCAUUUCAAACACCGACCAAAAACAAGAGGAACAUGAAGAUUUAGAGCGUUGUGGUGUAGUUGAUAUUCCUAUUCCAAGUGCAUGCACUUCAAGCACCGAGCAAAAAAAUGUCGAAGCUGCUCCAUGCACUUCAAGCACCGAGCAAAAAAAUGUCGAAGCUGCUGGUUCGCCAAUUAUUGCAGAUGAUCACAGUUGUGAUGAAAACUGUAAUUUUUCUCUCUGUAUUGACGCAUUAAUAAAAUCCCUUUUAGAAGAUAAGGAAGGGAAAUUAUUGCCCUCUAAAAAAUAUGACAAUGAUCAUUUGAAUCGCAAAAGAGGUAUCUUUCGUUGGCAAAAUACGUCUUAUAAUGUUAGUGGUCAUAUUUCGGACCAAUGCCAAGAAACAGGUUGUAUAACAGUAAAGGAUUCAAAAAAUUGUGCGUUAAAAUCGUCUAAAAUAAAUUGCCAAACAAAAGUGAGUGCGUGUAAAUAUGAUGAGAAUGAAAUUGAUAUUUUUCAAGAAAGUUCCUUUAAUAGUCAAAUUCCUUUAAAUCCUAACAACAAUCAAUCAUUAACAAUCGCUAAAGACAGUAAACGGAACCGAAAUACUAAAAUCCUUGAUGUGGUGUCAUUGGAUGGGUAUAGAGGAAUGGAUCCAAUCGAUCUUCUGGUAAAAUAUAUUGAAACUCCAUCUGAUUCAAAAAAUGUUGAAAAUAAAGGUAAUUCUAAGAAAAAAACUCUAAAUAAGAAAGAAAAUGGAGUUAAGAAGGAUGUACUGGAUACUAAAGAAAAUUAUAACAAAAAUAAAUAUGUUAAAAAGCAACAAAGUAAUGCUAAAGAUAUAAAAGAAAAAGUGAACAUUGAAAGAGAUAUAAAGGACAAAGAAAUUGACUUUGACAAAAAUAUUAUAUGCAAAGAUAAACUUCUAAAUAAUAAGACUGAAAAAGAAAUGGAUGCAAAUGUACACGAAACUGGAGAAAUUGCUCUAAAAAAAGACAAUAAGAAAAAAGGCAAAAAACAACGAGCGAACACUGAUAAACCAAAGAGUAAUUCUAUUCGUCGUAAAUAUUAAACGCAGGCGUUUUUUGUUAAAUUAACAAUCAUUCUGUAAAAAAAAUUAAUAAAAAAUUUAUAACAAUCUUCAGAAACUAACUCUAAGCCAGCUCCCAAGGAACUGAUUCUAGCGAUUAUAACUUUGGGCAUUUUUUUUUACCAAAAAAAAAUCUUCUAUUAAAAAUAAAUAACAUCAUAAUAGAAAUUCCAACGUACCAAUACCGUCGUAUAUACUGAAAACAAUUUUGUUACCAGUUUCAUCUGUUAAUGAUUAAUAUUAAUAUUAAUUGUACCGAUACCUACGAUAGAUGUUUUGUAAUAUACAUAUGAUGUAACUGGAACUACCCAUAAGGCUAAAACAUCAAACAAUUUAUUUUUAAAUUGCGAAAUGAUCAUAACAAAAUGAGGUUAAAUUAUUAUGAACAUUAUAGAUAUUAUAAUAAACUACAGAGACAUUCAGUUUUAAUACUAAUUAUAGUAGUAAGUGGCGAUAUAUCUGCUAUUGCUUCAAAAAAAACUUUCGAUGUAAAUUAUCAUUAUGA